CUGUACUGAGUCUGCGCGUGUCCAACAUGUCUUCUUGUACUGUGCACAUGGAAGUCAGGGGCCACUCACCGGGAGCUUAGGGGCCACUGACGGCUGCCGUGAAAGUGCUGUUCUUGUCCACAGAGUGAUCUAAAGGGAAUAUCGGAAGAUCUGUCUUCUUCAUCAUGGAAGCUUUAGCAGAAGAGCUUUCACACCUCAACCUAGCGAGGCGUUCAGCCAUGAAAGACAGCUCGACUUACAUCCUUGACAUUGACGUGUCGAAAUCAGUGGAGGAACAAAACAGUCAGACGGUUGCAAUUCUGUGCUCGGAUAAAACGAUCAGGUUAUAUAACAAGGAAACCAUGGCCUGUCUGCACGAGUACAACGCGAGACCCACUGUGCUGAGCGGCGUGCGCUUCUCCCACACAAACAGCAAUCUGGUGUUUUCAGCCUGCAGCGAUGCCACUGUAAAACUUUGGGACGCCCGUGUGUCGGGCACUGAUGCUGUACAGCAAUAUACUGGUUACCCGUCCAACGUCUUCAUCAGCUUCGAUGUUGGCUCUAAUGACCUUGUUGUCUGUGCCGGCACAGAGAAAGUAGGUGAUGACGUGUAUCUGGUCUUCUGGGAUGGAAGAUACACUCCGGAUACAGAAUCUAAAGAACCUCUCGGUGUUUAUUCAGAGUCUCACAACGAUGACAUCACUCAAGUUCGCUUUCAUCCAACCAACCCAAGCCUGGUGGCGACCGGUUCCACCGAUGGUCUGGUCAAUGUGUUUGAUCUCAAUGAAGAUAACGAAGAUGAUGCGUUGACUUCUACCUGCAAUUCCGAAUCCUCUGUGAAUAUCAUUGGGUGGGCAGGAAGGGAUGAUAAGCAGGUAUACUGCCUGACGCACAGCGAAGGGUUCCUCUGGUGGGAUCUCGACCAGGUGGACACAGAGGAACCGAUUACUCUCUGUAAGGUAGAGGACAUGAGGGAACAUGUUAGCGGAUGUCACAUUGACUAUCUCAUUGCUGGUUUCUAUAAUAGGGGAAGGGAUGCGUUGCUGCUUCUCGGAGGGACUCAAGAUGGGGACAUCAGUUUGUUGAAUUGUAAUUUUGAGAAGGUCACGCAUCUAAAAACCCUAACUGGUGGGCACAGCACCAUCGUGCGCUCAGUCUACUGGUGUGGAGACGAUGACUCCUUGAUAAGUGGUGGGGAAGACGCUCAAUUGUUGUUAUGGAAGCCGAAAGUCAAGGACAUGUCGCCUAAAAAGAGGGACUCAAAGAAAGCAGCUUCCUCUGUGCAGCAGAGGGUUCGUAUGCACAACACCAAAUCCUUCUUGAGCAAGCAAAAAUGAUCAUCGUUAAGUCCUAUGGGCUCAUGGUAUUGUAUGCAUACCACGUUUAGGUCCGUAAAUGUCUCAUUACAUUGCUGAGAAAAUGAUAUUUUUUUUUUAUAUAUGCAAAUGAGCCUCUAGGAGCAAUGGGGGCGUUUCCAUUACUCCUAGAGGCUCUGCUCUCUCUGCAACUGCUGCGUCCCCUGCACUUUGACAGGGCCAGGCGCAAUCACCUUUAUACUGCCUGGUCCUGUCACUCAAAUUGGAAAGGGGCGAGGCAGUUACAGAGAACGGAGCUUCUAGGUGUAAUGGUAACGCCCCCGUUGCUCCUAGAGGCUCAUUUGCAUAUAUUAAAACCUUGUUUUUCUCAGCAAUGUGGGCACAUAUGAACAUGGGACCAACACGGAUGCCUUCAGACGCCGAGCACACAUAACAGGUCAGCCAGUGUCAUAGGUACAGAUCUGCUAAAAGAUGCCCUUUAACGGAGUUUGGAUUUUUUACAAAUAUUUUUACUCACUGGUUAUAAAGUUAAGAUUUUAAGAGAGGGCGUCAUCCAUAUUCUAGGAGACAUGUAUAAUGAAUGGGUCUUUUAAUAACCUUUUUGUAUGGGAAUUUAUAUUUUUAUUGGAGCUGCCCCCUUGGUUUUAGUAACCUAGAAGAUUGACGGCUGACCAAGACCCCCUGGUCCGUCUGAUCUGCCCCUCAGGUAGUUAUGUGCUUAUUUCAGGCCGCUUUACAUCCACGGUCUAAUUUCCAACCAUGUCGUCUGCUGAAAGUUUGUUCCAAGUGUAUACUCGCCUCCCCCAAUUUCAGAUUGUACCCCGUUGUUCUUGUUUAGUUUUAAUCUUAUAGAUUUUAAUCUGUUAAUUAGAAUAGGGGGUGUACAGCCUGCAGUCCAUGCUGCAUUCAGAGCAGACCCCAAUCCUCAGGAUAGGUCAUCAAUAUGAGAUUGGUGGGGGUCCGACUCCCGGCACCAUACCGAUUAUCUGUGCCCAGAGGCCUCGGUGCUCUGAGAAUGCUUAGACCUCUUUCUAGGCCAGUGACGACAUGUUCAUCGGUUACAUGGCCUAGGCGCAGCUCAGUCCCAUUUAAGUGAAUGGGGCUGGGCUGCAAUACCAAGCACAGCCACUACACAGUGGACGGCGCUGUACUUGGUAAGCAGCGGUGCUCACUGGAGACCCUCCUCAAAUAGCGGAUCGGCAGAGGUUCCGGGAGUCUGACCGAUGUGAUAUUGAUGACCAUUCGAUCAAUAUGUAAAUCCCAGAAAACCCUUUUAAAUUUUACCGUGGGCUUUGGGAUUGGUUUAUUCUGCCAACAUGACCCUCUGACCAGAAAAGGUUGUGUACCCCUAUCUAAAAGGUCGAUUGCUUCAUUGAAUGUAAUAGGGGCAGUUGUACUGGUGCCUUACUGCAUAAUGCCCAUAUCACCACGUGCUGUAUAGUUGCCACUGGAACAGAAAUGUAAAACAGUAAAUUUGGAUUGUAAAUUAUUUUCUGAAUAUCAUUGUAUUUUUAAAUAAAAGGAGUUUGGUACUUUGUG